AUGACUGAUGUGGUCGGCUCCAAGGAGUCUCAAAAUGCGAGCCUCCCAAAGCCUACCGACCAGGUCACCACAAGCGGAUCGAGUGGUGCACCUGCCACGGUUUCAAAGCCCAGAGAAAUGGCCUCGAACUCCACGCCUGCUGGACUAGGCAAUGACCAUGUCAUGGCUGAUCCUGCUGCGGAGGCAGAUACCAAUAGCGAUUCGGAGGCAGAAACGUUGAUCCAGUCACCAGAGAAGCAGAGGACCGCCACAGACAGUACAUCUGUAACAGGAUCGGCAAGUGUUACCAGGCCCAAAGACGGAACUUUGGCUGUCGCAGUCGUCGUGACCGAAAGUGAAGACAAUACCCGAAAGCGCAAACGUAGUGUUGAUGAUGAUGCGCACGACGGUCGCGCCAUCUCCACCUCCAGUCGCCGCAGUUCAUCUUUAUCAUCGCUCCGAAUGCAGCCCCAAACCCCCGAUAGCGCCUCAGACACAUUGGACCAUAUCGCGUCCCCAAAGCCGAGCCCAGCGGAGGAGAGUCGUGACGACGAUAUCGCUGAUUUGCGUGACGCCGAAGGGAAGCCGGUCAAUAAUCAAGGUCGCAAGCGUCGUCCAAGCGAUAUUCGCGAUGUCCUGCCUCCGAUAAGCAAACAUCGCACAAAGAAUAGUGGUGGCGGAGUGGAUCCGAUCUCGUCAGAACGUCGCGAAACUAGAUCAGCUACUUAUCCUCGUCAUGCUUCCCCAGACCGCUCUCCUUCGCCAAGGCCACAAAGACGGGAACACAGGCGAGGUAUAUCAACCCAGUUGACGCUUGGCGAUUUUGAGAGGAAAAAGCGCGGUCGACCUCCGUCAAUUCACACGAGACGAAGUGGUUCGGCAGAUAACACCCGUGACCGAUCGGUCUCUUCGGACGUCUCAGACUCCCCUCGACAGCCGCGGCCUAUCCUGCUGCACAAGUUCUCGUCUGCAGAGCAUGAUACCAUGUCGCCAGUCAAGCCUCCUGGCCCCCGCAAGUGGCGCGACAAGAACGGUAGAACCUUCUUGUCUCGGGCCUGCAGUAAUAAUGACCUUGCAGCUGCGAAAAUCAAAUUCGCCGAACGACCAGAAGAUCUCAACCAACCAGACAAUGCAGGAAACACCCCGCUUCAAAUCGCCGCGUUACAGGGUUACGUCGAUAUUGUGAGAUUCUUGUUGGAAAACGGGUGUGAAGUCGAUACCCGGAAUAUCGACAAAGACACGGCGCUUAUUGAUGCUGUUGAGAAUGGUCAUGUUGAAGUUAUCAGACUGCUCCUGGAAUAUGGAGCGAAUCCACGUUUGGGCAACGCUAAGGGCGAUGAGCCAUACGAACUUGUUCCUCAGGAUGACGAAAACUAUGAACAGAUCCGAAGGCUGCUUGCUGAUGCAAAAGAAAAACCGAGCAACAGGCGCGUCUCUUCUGAGCAUAACGACAUCGCUCGAGACGGGAAUUCGUCGAGAGCGGCUUCUGCGGCUAGUCCCCGCGACUCACCACCCUUGAUAGGCCCCCGAAGCCCCCCUACUGGUUACGGGAGGCGGAGGACCGGUCGUAGCGAAUCGACUCGAAACGAUCUUCUCUGGCAAGCAAACACUCAGGAAAACUUGAAAAAGUUGGCUGGAAAAGGUGAUGUCCAGGGUGUGGCCAGCAUCCUCAACGUCUUGCAAAAAGCGGAAACAGAAGCUUUGAUAGCAGCCGCCAAAGCAGGGCAUGAAGAGGUUUUGCAGCUUAUUCUGGCUAUGGGUGAUCCCGAACCUGACCCUGAGCCGAUCCGAAGUCUCAGACAAGGGUAUAAUACCCCGAUGCUCGCAGCUAUUGGAAAGGGACACCCGGAGGUUGUCGAACUUCUUGUUGAGCAGUUAGGUUUCAAUCCUACGCGGAGGGUUCUCAAGGGGAAGACAUACUUUGACAUCGCUGCCGAGCGGAAAGGUGAGCGAUGGGAGCAGGAGUACGAGAUUUUGAAGGCUGCCUUCGAUAAACACCUGGCCAAGAAUCGACGACUAAGUUCUCCGCGAAUUACUAGAGAUGUGGACAAGGCGAAAGUUCGUGCCAAUCGUCGUUCUCAAUCUCCAGUCUCUAACAGAUCGCAAAAUUCUUCUAGCCCAAUAUUGAGGCAGAGACAGUUAGUGGGCAAGUCCCCAUAUUUUCCGGAGAAAGAAAAAGAUCGAGACCUUGGCUCUGUGGAUGGGCAGGACACGCGCAAGCAUCAUGUUUCCAGGCGAGAUGUCGCAGACUCACCUGUUGCAGUUUCUUCUGAUCAGGAUCAGACCGUUCAUGCUUCUCGAAAAGGCCAUAUCAAACGACGAAGUCAAAGCGACCUGCCACCACCGCCCAAUCUGGAAUCCGAGGUUACACAUCGACGAAGACGUCUCGUUACCGGCAAAGAACAUCGCAGCCGCAAGAGCAAUUUGGAUGCUUCUUCAGAUGAAGAGCUCAUAGCGGCGGCGAAGUCGAGUAGCAGACCGAGUAGCAGACCGAGUACAGCGCUCAAACGAACUCGAGAAAGUGUUUCACCUGGGCCGGCAGUGACCGAGGAGGGUAAUAAUGGUCGCAGCACAGCCAAGAAGCGGAGGACCGUUAUAGAAAGCAGUCCGGAAGAAACACGCCCUGGUCCAAACAAGUCGAGCCGUAGCCCGUCAUUUCUCACCCUUGACCGCAAAUCGGAAGAGAAAGCUGGCUUGAAGCGCGAAAAAGUCGAAUCUGAAUCAACUGGAUUUGGAGAUGUGAAGAAUUUCAUCAUUAUUGACGAUACUGAACCAGAAACACUGGAUAAUACUACUGAAAUUGGAGCUUCGACGAGUUCUCGCCAUGGCGUAGGACUUGAACGAACAGCGACGGCCGCGUCCUUGAAAGUGGAGCCAAUCAAGACGAGUGUUUCUGAGGCUGAUCUUCAGCUGCAGAGAGAAGAAAAAGCACGUAAAGGCGAAGAGGCUAACCAGCUCGAGGAGAGUAGACGACUUGAAGAAUCCAAACGACUCGAGGCUAAACGACUCGAAGAGCUUCGACGCUUUGAAGAGGCUAAGCGGCUGGAAGAUGCACGGCGACUUGAAGACGCGAGACGCCUUGAAGAAACGAAGCGAUCAGAAGAGGCAAGGAGACUCGAAGAAUUAAAGCGAUCAGAAGAGAUCCGAAGAGCCGAAGAAGAACGACAGCUAGAAGAAACCAGAAGAGCCCAGGAAAUACGACGACUGGAAGAAAUCCGACAAGCUGAGGAGGCUCGGCGAUUGGAAGAGCUUACGCGAAUCGAAGAGGCUCGACGGCAGGAAGAGAACAGACGAGCUGAGGAGGUCCAACGAUUGGAAGCAAUGAGACGAGCCGAAGAGGCCCAACGCCUCGAAGAGUUUAGACGACGUGAAGAGGUUAGACAAGCCGAAGAAGCACAGCGAAUUGAAGAGGCAAAACGGCUCGAAGAGGCCAGACGACUCGCAGAGGCCAUCCGGAUGGAAGAAGAAAGGAUUGCAGCUGAGAAAGCAGCGGCAGAGCGAAGACUCGCGGAAGAGGCCGAACAACGUAAAAAGGCCGAAGAGGAAGCUGCCCUUAGGAGGAAAGAAGAGGAAGAGCGCAGGGAGCGCAUCAAACGCGAGCUUGAAGAAAGACAACGCAGGCAGGAAGAGCAGCUCAGAGAGCAGCAACGCCGGGAAAAGCUCGAGGCCGAGCAGCGACGUCGUGAAGCAUUACCCGCGUUGCUCAGGCACUGCGCCCUCCUUCUUGACAACAAUGAUCCCAAGGUCAGAAGUGAACCCUGGUUGAAGCUUUUCUUGCCGCUGUAUACUGUCAAGACCACACAGCUGGACCCCAAUACUCCGGAUGCUACUCGGAACGACCUCUGGAUUCCGAAUUUUCAAGUCGCUGGACUCCUUGCGACUAAGGAUCUGAACCUAAGAAGUUAUACCUCCUUAGAGAGACGGCCUGUCACACCACAUGAAAGACAACGUCUUUGGAGAGUAUCGAGGAAUAGCCUAUCAUACGAAUUCCAAACAAACCAGUACAAUACGACGAUCGAGAUGGCGAUCCGGCGCGAGCGUGAGGAGUAUCCAAAGUUCCUUGCCAUGGAGGAACUUUUCUGGGUAAAGCUCUCUGGCUUUGAAGAUCAAAUCUUCCGACAUCCGCACCUGGCGAACUUGAAGAUCAGGAAACAGCCCAUCUCACUCAGAGUCCUUUCCAUGCAGGAGCAUACCACAGAUGCAUCGUCACCGCAAAGCCCUGCUGCACUCCCAGACUUCGCCAAUAACUCGGAAGGAGAAGAGCCCACCUCCCCCGUCGAAGAAGUCGCCGCGGCCGAUGAGGUCGACGUCUCUCCCGAUGCCGGCGCCUCUGGUUCCAUGUCCGUCCUUGACGCUCUGAAAGGUGUUCUCAAACUCGCCCUCAUCCACGACGGCCUCGCCCGCGGCCUGCGCGAGGCUUCCAAGGCCCUCGACCGCCGCCAGGCGCACAUGUGCGUGCUCAACGAAGCCUGCGAAGAGGAAGCCUACAAGAAGCUUGUCGUCGCCCUGUGCUCGGAGCACAAGAUCCCGCUGAUUAAGGUCCCCGACGGCAAGAUGCUGGGCGAGUGGGCCGGCCUGUGCGUCUUGGACCGAGAGGGCAACGCCCGCAAGGUUGUCAACUGCAGCUGCGUCGUGGUUAGGGACUGGGGCGAGGAGAGCCAGGAGCGCAAUGUCCUCUUGAACUAUUUCCAGACCGAGCAGUAA